GGAAAAUCAAAGAAAAGAGAGAAAAGAGAAGGCCAAAAUGCAACACAGCAUGACAUAUUUUGAACCUUUUCCCGUGCUGGAUUCAGCCCCCACAUCAGCAAUAACAACAACCACAACCUCAACAAACGCACAACACGCUCACGACGCGCCGCCCGUCGAACUCCCCGAAGCAGGUGCUCCCCUCGAAGAGCGGUUCCAAGUCGAAUACGAAGGGCCAUUGUAUACAGAAAUCAACAUUCCACUCCCACGCAUCCCCACGGCAUACGCAAACAGCGCUGUUGUAUCGCGAGGCGCCAGCGCGAGCAUCAGCAGGGGCUCAGGUGCAGGCGGCGCCACAGAGGGCGACACGUCUCCAUCUCGAUCUCGCUCAAGAACGCUAUCAUCGCUAUCGCCGUUCCGGCUCCGUCGCUUCUCUUCCUCCUCGAUUACCGCUGCUGCUGCUACUACUGUUGUGUCCAGCAGCACCGCUACUAGCACUACGUCGCCCACCAGCCCGAAAUCAACAGCGCGCCACAGCGAGGAUUGGCCGCGCGUGCGCAGAGACGUGGUCAAGUCGCGCGAGGUAAACGCCAUGAUGGACUUGCGGCACCAGGGCAAGAAGCGCAGCCGCAACGGCACCAUUGACGCGUUAGCGGUUGUGCCAGCGGUGCUAGUGCUAAGUGCAGAGUUGUUUACGCCGGGGGAUGGCAAGAAUGAGGGGUCGCGCAGAAAGGAUAGUGGGGUAGGGAGGUGGGAGGAUGGGAUUCGAUGAGGAGGGGGAGAGAAGAGAAGGAUGGUUUACGCUAGCUAUCUACUGCAUGUUUCGAGGCGUAUGUACCGGUACGCGUUGUACCGUGUGCGCGAAAGAAAAGAGAGGGGGAUUCAAGAUGCUGAGCGAGGUGCUGUUGUGUUUUGCCCGCUGCGCUGCACAACACUGUGCAGUUUGUCGUGUCGAGGGCGAGAGAUGCGCAUUGUUCAAGACACGCGGAGAAGGAGAGACGCUGCUUACUGGAUGGCAAUUUCGCGUGAGGAAAGGCGAAUAAAGCAGAAGAAGGGAAGAGUUGAUGAUAUACCCCGAUUUCAAGAUUGUUACAGAUAGGAGAAGAAGGAGAAGAAGAAGAAGAAGAAGGAUAAGCGAUAUAGCGCUUUUCAUUGAUAUUUUUCCAUAACAUGCAUAGUAGUAAUUCUUCUUUCUGCAAUAGAAUAUCAAAACUAAUU